AGCGCGGGAAAGCGGCCGCCCCGGCCACGUGCCCCGCCUGCGCUGAGGCGACGCGCGCGCGGGAAGGGCCGGCAUGGCGGCCGUGGUGUGCCCCUUCCGCGUCGUGGCGGGCGGCGACGAGGGCAGCGACAGCGAUGACGGCGACUGGGACAUUGGCGUCGUGCGGCAGGAGCCGCAGCAGUUGGAUCAAAUGUUGCAGGCAGACAAGAAUGAGGCAUUAAAGAAGGCUCUGUUUCGUGGUGAUGUGUCGUUAAUUGAAGAACUCUUAAACUCGGGUAUCAGCAUAGAAACUAGCUUUCACUUUGGAUGGACUCCCCUGAUGUGUGCAGCCAGCGUGGCUAAUUUUGCAGUAGUACGUCUUCUUCUGGACAGAGGUGCUAAUGCAUGUUUUGAAAUAGAUAAAUACACUGUGUUGAUGGCAGCAUGUACUGCACAAGCUUCAGAGGAGAACAUCUUGAACACUGUCGAACUGCUUUUAUCAAGGAAUGCGGACCCUAACCUUGCUUGCAGGAAACAAAUGACUGCACUGAUGUAUGCAGCUAGAAAAGGCUAUCCUCGGGUUGUUGCUUUUCUUGUUGCUCAUGGAUCACACAUAAAUGCCCAAGAUGAAAAUGGAUAUACAGCAUUAAUAUGGGCGGCACAGCACGGACAUAAAAGUGUAAUUUUGAAGUUGCUUGAGCUAGGAGCUGACAAAAAUCUACAGACCAAGGAUGACAAAACAGCAGCAGACCUAGCAAAAAUCAAUAAACAUUUAGAGAUAUUUAGUUUGCUCUCGUUGGCUGCAAAUCACUUGCAAGGAAGAUACCAUAAAACAGUUGAGCAAGAGGCUAUCUGCAAAUUUCUGACAGCUGUCUCUGACCACAGUGUUGGUUCCUUUUCAACUUUUCAUGACAUGGAAGUGUUUUUACAUGGUCUUGGUCUAGAACACAUUAGAGAAUUAUUGCAGGAACAAGAUAUAGCAUUAAGACAACUUCUGACCAUGCAAAAAGAUGACUUAAUACAGAUUGGCAUUACAAAUCCUGGAGAUCAACAGAAACUCCUAGAUGCUAUUAACGAUCUGCAAGUGGAAGAAAAAAAAUUUGAAGACGUCUCUGAAAUUAUGAAGCUGGAAUUGAGUGAAGAUGAAUUGCUCAAGUUUCUUCAGAAGCUGAAUAAAGAGUGUAGUAAGCUGAUUAUUCCUGUGCAGACCAUGAAUAACCAUUUCCUCAAAAAUUCCCACAAGAUGGUACUGCAGUGGGCACCGACUGAAUGUUAUAUUGAAGUCUGCAAAGAUGUGAUUUGCAGUGUUAAAAAGUUGGGAGAAGAAGUUGGCAAACUGAAGGACCUCGUGGUGGAGUAUGAAGAAAAGAAUAAACCUAACCAAGUGAAACUUCCAGAUAAAGCAGCCACCUUGGAAAAAAGAUUAGUAAAAAUGGGAGUGGUAACAUUGCUUGGAUUUGGUUUUUUCUUAUGUGUAAUUAAAUUAGUAGCAAAGAGAACUUGAAUUUAAAUUUAGUGUUGUUUCUCAUCAUAUCUGUAGUGAUUGUAUCUAGUAUGUACUUUGAUCUAAAAAUAAAGUUAUUAAAAAUAAAAACAGUUGCUUAAGAGUAUCUUAGGGUUUUAUUUUGAAAUUCAUUGUUGGUGUGGAAUGUUGGUCUAAAAUCUUGUCAAAGCUGUUUUCAUUUUUUGGCACAAAAUUGUGAUUAUUGCUUACUAAUUACUAGUUUUGGUUUUUUAUUUGUAACCUGUUCAGAGGUGAAUAUAAGCAAAUUCAGAUUAUAUCUCACAUGUUUGUAUUUAAAAUUAUAUUGCAGAUAUGUUUUGGGGGUUGGCAGGGUUUAAAAUAUUUUAAGUAUCACUUUAAAUUUUAUGUUGAUAAAGAUCUUUUCUCUUGCAGAGAGAUUGAUGUAUUUUUUUCUUUUCACAAUCAAGAGAAUUGUGGAGAUCUUGUUGCAUUUUGUAUAAAAAGUUCCCAUUGAACUAUGAUACUUAAAUUAUGCCUGAAAUCUGCUUCCUUGGAGAUACUCACCUCUAUUAAGAGUUUCAUCACAUCUAUUAAAAGGAAUAUAGUAGUGCUUUGCUGUAAGAAUGCAGACAACUUAGAAAGCAUAGCAGCUUGGUUUUUCUUGGUCUGGUCUUUCACUACAAAUUUUUUCUUAAUAUUUUGUCCAAUUAAAAAGGUGUUUGUAAUCCCACAGUGAAACAUUUGUAACUGGUUUUGAUCUGCUUACUGAACCAGAUAUGUUGGGAAAAAAGGAAGUUGGUGUAAGUGAAUUCAAACUAGUUAUGUUUUUGCAGGUUUCAGUAAACAUUUGUAAAAAUGCUAAAUAUUUUGGAAGGAAAAUGUUUCUUUCAAAUGAAACAAAAGAGUCUAAAAAACGUAAAUCUGAAUGGGUGUGUGAAACUUGGUCUCUGAGUUUUCAGAAUGUUGUCUAGAGUCUUAACCUUUGGUAUUCCCUCUAGAGACUAGUAAGGUGAAGAUAAAAACUUGGGUGCUAUUCCAGUCAUUGUUACUGCCAUUUUCUGCUUUUCUUGGAGAAUUGCAUUGGGUGUUAGUGUGUUUCCUUGUUACUGCAAUUUUUUUACCUCCUUUUGUCCUUCAGUGCCAGGAACAUGCUACAGAGCCAUGAGGCCAGAGGCAAAAACAACAUAAGUUAGGGAGUUUUUUUCUGUUUUCUUCUGCUCCAAAACUGGUGUCAGAGGGGAUAAACUGUAGUCACCACCACCAUCUACCAGAAGUGGAAAUGAACACUAUCAGCAUGAACAAAGUAUAUAAAAGGAAAUACUUUAAAAAUAGUUCUCUGGUUCUUCAUAUUACCUUAGAAUUAAUCCUAAACUAACAGGGCAUGUAUUGUGGAAGGAACAUCACCUUUUAUAUCCACACCACUCCUCUAAUCAGCUCAAAAUACGGUUCAGAUGCAGUUGCUCAGUGAUGGGUUGGCUCACAAGGUAGUGCUAGAACUUUGACACCCAAUGUCUUUUGGGAGUUUCUGUUGGGUGAAGGUGUUUGGAGUUUCUGGGGUUGGUGGUGGAGGGGAAGUGGCCAGGCAUGUUGUACAGUCUGUUUCCUACAUGUACUUUUGCAUUAGUUAAGUGGAAUUAUUUCAACUGCUCGUAAGGUUUCUGCCCUUCAAAAGAUUCUACUUCCUAGCCCUUACUUCCCCACUUAAGUGACAAAUUGCAUUAACAAAGCCACUUCAAAGGACACUGAAUAUAGCUUUCAUUUCAAGAGAUGCAUUUCCUGCCACUAGUAGAUCUUGACAUUUGAGACAACAAAAAUUCAAACUCUUUCUCCAUCGAUUUGAAGAAAAGAUCUGGUCAGCUGGAGGCCUUUUAGGCUUAACUUGGAGCUCUUGCAGUUGAAUCGAAA